AUGAAUACACUUGCUAGUGUCGGAAUUUGGAUAUGGAUUGGGUAUAGGGAUACAACAAAUCCUCGUGAAGAUUUGGAUUUGAACACGGGUGAUGAUCUGCCAACACAUGCUGUUGUUGAAGAAUUUAUCGAAGCACAAACACGUCCAGGCGAUAUAGAUGCUGAUUAUACAGUGUGUGGUUUUGUAUUAGAUUCAAUCUUUUAUCCAACUUCAAUAAAUCUAUGUGGAACUGAUACACGAGGUCAAUAUAUUGAACAAUGGACAGCAGCAGAAGCUAGUCAAAUGGAUGAUACACCUACUGAUUGGCAACAUAUGUUUAAAAUAUAUGCACGUAUGGUUGCCAUUGAAGCUGAACCAUUUUCAUAUAGGAAUGGUAUUUAUGCUGGUGAUAUUUUUGUUACUGUUAAGAAUGAAUAUAAACAACGUGAUUGGAAUAUUCGUCGAGGUGGACGAAGUACACCUGAAUCUUUAAUUAUAUUAGAUGGAUCAAAUUAUGAAACAAAAGUAAAUAUAUCUAUUCAACAGGAAUUAACUUGUGAAAAACUUUUUGAUCUUUAUACAAAUGUUUGUGACCGACUUACAGAUGCACCUAACCAUAUGUAUCCAUUUUCAACAGCUUAUUGUUAUUUUUGUAAAUCAGCAGUACCGAAUUUUCUUCGAAUUAAUGUUCUUGUUGAUCCACAACGACUUAUUGAUGAAAACGGUACAAAACUACCAAAAAAUAAACAUAGACAAAAAGUUGAUAACAUUGUUAAACAAAUCGUUGAUGAUGAAUUAUCGAUCAAUGCAUAA